AUGGCGGCCGCGGAGCUGCGCUGCACGGUGGCCGUGGAGCAGCCGCUGCCGGGGGGGCAGACCCCGCGGCGCCGGGUGAUGCGGGGAGCGCUGGUGCUGCUGGGCCGCAACGAGCUGCGGCAGCCGGUGCUGCGGGUGGUCGGCGGGGGGGCGACGGCGGCGACGCUGAGCUUCGCGCUGGCCGGGGAUGCCGUGCGGCUUUUCACGCGGUUCGCGGGCGAAGGGCGGGCGGCGGUGCGGGUGGGGCCGGGCGGCGCCCAAAUCUUGCUCUCCGACUGCCCCCCGGACGCGCUGCGCCGCUUCCUCCGCCUCCUGCGGCUCAAGGUGGUCGCCGGGCCGCGGGAAGCGCCGCGCAGCUCCCGCCUGCUGGACCGGCCGCCGCCGGCCUUCGCCGCCAUCAGCCCGCUGCAGCAGCGGGACCUGCUGGCGCGGAGGGAGCGCCCGGCGGAGGUGCCCGGCACGGAGCGGCGGCCCACGGCGAGGCUCUCGGCGGAGCAGGAGGCGGUGCUGGGCGCCGUACGGAGCGGGAAGAGCGUCUUCUUCACCGGCUGCGCAGGGACCGGGAAGUCGUUCCUGCUGAAGAAGAUCGUGGGCUCCCUCCCUCCGAAGAGCACCUACGCUACCGCCAGCACGGGAGUGGCGGCGUGCCACAUCGGUGGUACCACUCUCCACAGCUUUGCAGGGAUCGGCUCUGGGAAGGCACCGCUGGAACAGUGUAUUCAGCUGGCGGAGAGGCCUGGGGUGCGCCAGCACUGGCUGGCCUGCCAGCACUUAAUUAUCGACGAGAUCUCCAUGGUGGAUGGCAAGUUCUUUGACAGGCUGGAGGCAGUGGCGAGGGCAAUCAGAAAGCGGGAUGAGCCUUUUGGAGGAAUUCAACUAAUCAUCUGUGGGGACUUCUUGCAGCUACCCCCAGUCUGUAAGGCUAAUGAAGAAACCAAGUUCUGCUUCCAGGCAAAAAGCUGGAGGAAAUGCAUCCACAUAAACAUGGAACUGACUGAAGUGCGGCGGCAAACUGACAAGACAUUUAUCUCACUCCUGAGUGCAGUCCGUUUAGGCAGGUGCACAGAGGAGGUUACCAGACAGCUGAUGCAGACUGCUGCUAACAGGUCUGAGCGUGAUGGGAUCCUGGCCACAAGACUCUGCACCCAUAAAGAUGAUGUAGAACUAACUAAUGAGAGAUGUUUGCAACAGCUGUCAGGAGAAGUGCACACUUUUGAGGCUUUGGACAGUGACCCAAUGCUAGUGAAGUUAAUUGAUGCUCAGUGUCCUGUGGGUGGUAGAGUUGAGCUAAAGCUUGGAGCUCAGGUGAUGCUAGCUAAGAAUCUGGAUGUGUCUCAAGGGCUGGUGAAUGGGGCACGAGGAGUCGUUGUAGGAUUUGAAAGUGAACAAAAGGGGCUGCCUAAGGUGAGGUUUCUCUGCGGGGUCACACAGGCCAUCAAAAUGGAGAAAUGGGUGUUCAAAGGACUGUCAGGAGUUCAUCUGAGUCGUCAACAGUUGCCUUUAAAAUUGGCAUGGGCCAUUUCCAUUCACAAGAGUCAAGGCAUGUCUUUAGAUUGUGUGGAAAUCUCCUUAUCUCGCGUCUUUGAAAGUGGGCAGGCAUAUGUAGCCCUCUCCCGAGCCCGUAGCCUUGCAGGUCUCCGUGUUCUGGAUUUUGAUCCAAAAGUAGUGAAAGCUGAUCCUUCUGUGUUGCAGUUCUAUAGACAGCUGAGACGUCAUCAACUAAUAACCCAGGAUUCACUACAUACCAAUUCAGGUGCUGAUGAGAAGGAGAACUGGAAAUGCAGCUGAGAAUGCUAUUCUGGCUUUUGUGACAUAUCUGCACAAACUGCUGAGUUGCAGCAAUAUUGAGUAUAUUUGAUAACAGAUAAAUUCAAAGGAACUUUUUUUUUGGUGUUUGCUCCAUUCAGCUGACUUUGGAUGUGUAGGAGUAUCCCUGUCUUGUGCCUCUGAAGUUUGGAAGGCUUAUGUAGUCCCUCUUCUGGGCCCACAGCCUUGAGUACUUCUGUGUCAUAAAAGCAACUCUAGCAAAUAAAAUGACUGAACAAGGAUGUGCCUGAGGGACCUUCCUAUGGUUCUAUUCUGUCUACCUUGUUGCAUUUUAUUCUCCACAUAUGUAGACUGAAACUUGUGUGUCUUUCUUCAAGUACAGUUGGAAGGUGUGUGUCCUCUUUGCCUGGAUGAAUUGGAUCUGUUCACAAGAGCUGCUGACACACGGAGAAGCAAUGCUAAGUGUCUGGAGUUCAUGCCCGAUUCUCCUGCAAGCGAGGAGCUGCCAGGAGCUGGGCUAUCACUUCAGAGCAUGCUGGCAUGUUCUUGCCUUCCAGAUGCUUACCACCAGGAGGCUUUGCAUAACUUCUCCCACAAGCAGAACUAUAAGAGUUAAACAUUGCUUGUUAUGCUGAUGCAUAGCCUUUUUAUUAGUCUUCAUAUAAUAACAUGCGAUUUUUUUUAAUUAUUAUUUUUUUAACCUUCCAAGAUGAGCUGGCACUGUUUCAAAAUAGGAGGAAGUCCUACAUCCUGUAUCCAUAGUUAUGGAACUACAGGAAUUGUGAAGAUCCAUUACCCCAUUAGCAAGAAGGGAUGAGAGGAAAUGGGUGCUGAUGGGAGCCCAUCUCAUUUAAACACGAGGCUUGCUCAAAUGGGACAGAGCUUCUGCUGAAAACAACACAUCUGACCAAUAAGAUGGAAGUUGAAUGUGCAAUAGAGAAUACUGGCCAAGGACAUGGGAAGUGAGCUGUAACUUCACCUGUUUCAGCAAAAGCAGAGAUGAGCAGUACUAAUAUACUGUCUUUUUGAAGCUUUAAUAAAGGAGAAGCUUUUUAGCACAUUGCUUAAAGCUUAAGUGACAUAUAUAUUUUAAAAUGUUUAACAUGCAGGCGUAAUGUGAAAUACCAACACUCAGCUGGAACUUGUCUUUUGCAGGGGAGUGUCUCUGUAACAAAGUCUCUGUAGUUUGGGCAAGUUAAAGGCCACUUGGCAGCUUCUCCCCUUAAAAUGAGGGAAGGAUGUUGACUAGCCAGUGGUUAGCAUAACAGAAAACAGAUUUUAGUAGGAUUUCAAAAUGCAUUUUUUUUAAGUGGUGUUUGUUUUAUUUUGUUUGUUGGUUUUAUGGGCUUGAGGGGUAGAGUUUUAGAGGAAGCAAUAUUAGAAGACAGAAGUGCGAGAAUUAUUUAGAGGUUGCUUACUGUAAGAAGGGAUUUUUAAUGUAUUGGCACACUGGUUCUUCAAAGAAGUCUGAGUAGAUAGAAGUUGCUGAAGCUGGGGCUGGAGUCUGGAAGGUGAGACCCUUCCCCUCACUGCGGGCUGUUCCUGGCACUAUCUCUGGUCUUUCAGACUCUCCAUGUGUGUGUCAGUUAUUUUUCUUUUUUUAAGCACCACCUUCUAAUCCUUUGAGCUGGACUUAAGCUGUUUGUCCACCAUGGGGAGGAACUGAAAAAUGACUUUUCUGUGCCCAUAUGCCUGGGAAAGAGGGUGCUGGCAAGCUAAAGCAGGCAUGCUAAAACAUCACCGCUGGGGCAGAUGAUCACUGAGGUGUGAUUCCUUGCUCUGUGACUCCCAGAGCCUCCACCAGACCUACUCCGGGCAUCCUCACCCAGCCUGCAGGCUCUGUUCCCCAGUGACUGGGUGGCAAUACCCAGCUGGAGUGGCUGUGAGCAUAGGGGGUGAUCAGGUUCAGCCCUUUCCUCCUGUGGUAGCACACAUGGAACGCAGGUUUUGCAGGCUGGUCCCAGCCUUUCCUUGGACACCUUGUUCACGGGGCUGUCCAUCAGCCCUACUCUGCUGUGCAUCCCCAUCUCACAGCACUCUUGUCCUUUCUUCAUGCUGCCAUUCCGCGGUGGAUGCCCUGGCUGAGCCUUUGUGCUGUGCAACUCAUGCUUCCUGCAUCAUUCCAGCUGGGCCUCAACAUGCAUCUUCCACCUUUGUUGUGGGUUGAGUUCUUGCUUUAGCUCACCUUGUUCCAUAGACCAUUUGCUGUCUAUCUUCCCCUUGUGCAGGUGGUCAGAGGCUGUGGGUGCCCUAAUUGUCAUGGGCAAGGCUGGCUGUGCAGGCAGUGCAGCCAGAUGAGUGACCUAAAGGCCAGUAUGCUUGGCCAAUGGGCUGGGGCCAGUUUGUACUCUCGUGGGUUUUUAGAACUAGGAUGCUGCAGUGAGGGCUCUGUGUUGCAUUGUCAGUUGAGGUGUGGGACCUGAAAUGCUUGAGGAUGUUAAAGUGAGUUUUACUGUUGGGGUAGACAGAAAGAAUAUGCCAGGUACUUCCAGUUAGAUGCAGUAUGUUGAUUUAUUGGCAGAUUGUACACGAGUAAUGAGAUAAUGUGGGCUCGAAUCCUUUAACACUUCUUAAAAAGUUCCUGUACCACUGUAAUGACAAGAUAAUUUAGCAUAUAAGACGGUUGAUUAUGUUCAAUGCAAAUAAACUUCUAAUUGCGA